AUGGCGAACGUCACAGAGCAUCCCUUUAGGGUGAAGAGGAGAAAGCUAGAUGAAGGCUCUCAUGGAAAUCAGGAUGUGACAUUUACUUCUGCAGCUCAGCUCCGUGGAGCGCUGGUUUUUCAACAGAACCCCCAGCUAGCCAAUAAAGGAAUUAUUCAAUUCAAGCAGUUUCUGUUGUCAAUUAGCCAGGCGAGUCAGAGCGACAAGGCCCAGAAGCUGCGUGUUCUGAAAGAAUACUGCGAUAAGCAAAUCACUCCCGCCAAAGAAGAAGGUGCCGAGGCGAUUUGUUUCUCAGAUAUCACUCAGACCUGGAGCUUUGGAGAAAGCAGCAAUCAUGAUCAUUUGUUGACCAAUGUUCCGUCGGUGCUCGCCAUUUUUUUCAAGACUAUCUCUGGGGACCUCGAAUUCCGCGAUUUUGGUCUCGCGCUGUGCAAGCAUCUGCUACAAAAAGACCAACUGAGGCUAUUCAACCGCGGCCUGACUGCUUUAAAGUCCAAGGAGCAUCUUAUUUCGCCUUGUCUUCGCCUGCUGACUGAGAUCGUUACUUUUGAUGGAGGUGCCGUCGCACGCCAACUUUAUCUUCGCCGCCACAUCACUUUCAAGCGUCUCGAGAUGUUCUUGACACCAAGCAAGGCACAGUUGGAGACCGCGGAUGAUGAAACUUCAUCAAAGAAGUCGACACUUCGACGGAACGCUCAACAAUAUCUGCUGGCCAAUUUGAGGGUUCAGCAGCAUUUAGAAAAGGGUGAUAUCAUCGAGCAGCACAAAAUUACCCGGGCUUUCCUCGAUUAUUUGCGGAAAGAUCCACGGGAGACCGUAUUGGAAGCAAUCAGGGCAAUUGAAAGGGAUGUGGUGCAAGAUGCCUCUUUAUCCCGCAAGUCGAAGAGCAAGUUUUUCAAUCGGUGGAACAUGGAGAAACUUGUCACCCUCUACGGCUACGAUCGAGAAUCGGACGAACCUAACCCUGAAGGCAUCUCCAUUGCGAAUGAGAUUCAUCGCGUUUUGCUGAAUGUCUGCAAGACUGCUGGCUUGGGCAUUCUGCUUCCCGAAACCGGAUGGUAUCCAGUCGGAACCGACCCAGAGUCUCUGGUUGAGGAUGACACCUCUAUUGAAUUGGGUCUCGACUCCCCCAUCUAUGUUGACAAGUACCAAAACUCAAUUCCGGUUCGAAACAAUACUCUUUCGCAUCUCAUCCAAUGUCUUCGCCCCGACGCAGACAGCCUGCAGAUUGAGUUGCUGGUGACAAUUUUCAAGGUAGCACCAGAGUUGAUCGCUGACUUUUUCACCAAGAAAGUCAUGUUCACAUCUGAUCCUAAAGCAACUCCUUCCUGGAUGGCAGAGUCAGCCCUUCUCUUCUCAAUCGUGCAGUUGCCCGUUCCGACGAACUGUGGCUGGAAGGACAAGCAGCCCAUGCUUCCCCCGCCAGUAUCAGUCGUGGCAGAGAACAUCCUUCCCCGUCCUUUGAGCCAGAAGAUCAUGACUCGUUGUUUGAACCAGAAUGCGGAGAUUGUCACUCUAUUCGCCGUACGCAUGUUGACUCUAGCGUUCACAAAAUUGCGAGCUGUCUUGAAGAUCUUCCGUGCGGAUCACGGUCGAGCUCAAUUGUUCUGGAAUCAGGCCUCUUCCAAGCUGCUGGCUGAGUUUUCGCGCAGAUGCCCCGCCGUGAAGGAUGUCGUUCUUCUUUUCCGACGAACUUCAAAGGAGGAUCUGCAGCAGCAAGAAGCCGUUGCAGAACUACUGACUUGCUAUUAUGAAGUGAUGCCUGACAUCGCUCUGGAGGAGAAUUUCGACGUCUCAUUGGUUUUGGUCGAUGUGCUGAAACGCUUGGAAGAAUCGGAUGUUAGCGCAGAUGAUUCUGAGCUGCUCUUGAGUCAGCUGCAGAGCGUUCUUCAGAUUGCUCAACAGUCUGCCUCGCUACGUUGGUGGCAAAAACCAGCAUCCAUGAGCUAUACUCCAUUCACAUCCAUUCUGAAGGUUCUUAUCGAUACCUCCGACAAGGUCUCUUCCCGGCGAAUCUCCAUUCUUCUCAGAACCAUCUUGGUUGAAAACUCUGUAUUGCAUAAUGCCCCCAAGGCAUUCAACGCUCUUUUGUCCAGUCUGGAGGACUCUGAAAGCGAGUUGCCCAAGCAGUUGAUCUUCUUUGACAACUGCGUGUCUCGAGUUGCCAAGAAGCCCGUCCACUACCUAGACAUCGUUGGUUCUUUGACAGAUGAUGAAACCGCCACAAGCCCUAUCGUGGCGGCCAUCAUUGAGCAGUGGCCUUUUGUUGUCAAGGCAGGUGACGAGAGCACGGAAGCGGCCGUUGCAGCGUGGAUAGCCAAGUUUUUGGGACAAUUGAAGAAAGAAGGUGAAAGCAGCAAGGCGCUGAAGGCUGCCCGGGAUUCACUGAUGGAGGCUACGGAGACGAAGAGGACCCGCUCUAUCUUCAAGAAAUGCCUCAAGGGCACAGGGGAUGCUGACGAUGAAGAUAAAAUGGACAUUGACUCCGUCCCUGCCCAGACAACCGGAACUGACAAGGCUUCCUUGGUGGAUUUGGAUGAGAUCUUUGGCUCCCUUCCCACGGAGGGUACAUCUCACAACGCACUGCAUAAAUGGGAGAGAGAAGAGAUUGAGGCAGCCUUGGAACAAGGUCAUAUUGAUGAACUGAUUCUCUGUCUCUGCUCUGAGCACGAAGAGGUCCGAAGACAAGCUGUGGCCAACCUUGUCCGCUUCAUGGCUAAGCUGAAGGAAUCUAAUUACGCCGAAUGGCGCACUGUGUACACUCUGACUGGAGAACUACUCGAAACCGCGAGCAGUCUUGGUUUUGACCAACCCAUCCCUUGGAUUGUCGGCGAAUGUGCCUCAAACUGUCUCUCCGUCCUCCUCAACCCCCUGCACAAGGUCUACGGAAAAGUCAACAAAUUCCUCCAAAAGGCCCCGUCUUGGGAAGUCGAGAAGAUCCCCUCCUACUGGAUCGACCGCAUCCUCAUGCACGAGCCUGAAUUGGACGACGGCUACUUUGAAGAGAUUGACUGGUUACUUGGCCUUUUCGUUAAGGGUCUUCGCAGCAAAGCUGAUAUGGAGAUCUACCGCCGCGCAAACGUCUUCGAGCGUAUCCUUUCUCUCUACCAAUCGCCUAGUAUGAACGACUCCACCCGCCGAAAGAUCUUGCACAUCAUCUACCGUGCUACACAGGUUGGCGGUAGCACUACGCUGAUUACUCGUGCGGCCGUUAUGAGCUGGAUUCAAGUCCAGGCUGCAGAGGUCGAACCAUCCGGUAAAGAGGCCGGUCUUCUUGCGGCCCUUGCACGCACGCUAUACGAAACAUCAGACCGUGAGCGAGUUGAGACAUGGAGCGCUGGAACCGUUGAGCGCGCCUUGAAGGAGAUCGAGACUGAAUCGACAUAG